UUGAAAUGUAUGUGUCCACGACACAUAAUUGAAGUUUUAAUGGACGAAUAUUGGGAGGCGGCCGGUAUUAUUACUGUACAUAAACUCAUCAUCCUAAAAAAAUCAAAAGACCAGUAGUGUCAGAGAAGCUGUCAUCUAAUCACUUUCCGAUCCAUCAAAUUCCGUUAUAGAUCGAUCCAUACUUCUCCUCCAGCGAAGAAGAGGAAAACAAAAAUGGCGGUAGACUUGUGCUCAGACGACUACGGUCUGGGCGCGAUGAGUCCCAGGAUAUCAUUCUCCCACGACAUUUCUCAAGCUGACAUCGUCCCCGUCGAGCAGUACGUCGUCCGGUCGGGCACCUCAUCCUCCAGCAUUGAUUUCGAUUUCUGCGUCUUCCGAGAAUGUUUCGACCAGCAGCAGCAGGAUUCGCUCACUACCUCAGCCGACGAGCUUUUCUUCAACGGCCAGAUUCUCCCCAUCGAGAUCAAGAGGAGAAUCGCGCCGCCGCAGCCGCCACCAAUUGUUCCUCCUCCCGCGCAGCAGCCCCCGCUUCAAGGAAGAAAGAAGGAACACCGAUCGGCGGCAGGACAGACCAAACCGCCGGAAUCGCUAGCAGCAGAGCACUCGUCGGACAGGCAGAAGCAGAGCAGCAGUUCGUUUUGGAGCUUCAAGCGUAGUUCCAGUUUGAAUUGCGGCGGAAGUGGCGGCGGCGGCGGCGGAUACGCGAGAACUUUAUGCCCUCUGCCGCCGCUUUUAUCGCGGAGCCAUUCUACCGGUUCUGCUCCGUCUUCAUCCCACAUCCCCAAAUUGAGAACCUUAUUUUUCAACAAAUCUUCUUCCGCGAAACAGCCGCCGCAGCCACACCAUCCCACGGCCUCUAAUAAUCAAAAGCCUCCCCUGAAGAAAUCCCUGCAGGCGGCGGGUGCUGGGAGUAGUAGCAGCAACUGUUACCCCGGCAACACCGGGGCGGGGGUCAGGAUUAGCCCCGUCUUGAAUGUCUCUCCGGCGAAUCUCUUUGUGGGCAUUGGUUCCAUCUUCUCUUUUCAUGGCAGCAGAGAUCAUCAUAGUAAUAAUAUUGUUAUUAAGAACAACAAGAAGAAGUGAUAUCCCGAUCCAUCUUUUGCUUAACCGCUACUUAAGCUAUCAUUGAUUUUCCCAUUAUUUCUUCCAAUUGUUCAAUAUUCUUCUUUUCUUUUGGCGUUUAAUCAUCUAAGAUCCACGAAAUUGCUUAUUAUUCUCUUAUUUCAAUUGUGUGUGGAAGCUCUAUUUCACGAGACUUGAAUUCAAAUUUUGCACAUAUUUUUUGUGUGUUAUUACGAAGGAUGUGAUUUUCA